AUGACUGCCCCGACACAAAUGCCCGUUCCUAUAUCCAUCACCAUUUGUGGUGACGGCGGCUGUGGUAAAUCCUCCAUCACACUACGCCUUGUUCGUUCGCAAUGGACUUCAGAUUAUGACCCAACAAUCGAGGACUCCUACAGUGUGACGCGCCGCAUCGAUGGCGUUACAUACCACCUCUCCCUUACCGAUACAGCCGGCCAGGAGGAGUACCGAGGCAUGUGGGCGUCUUCCAACCUUGGCGCUGAUGCUUUCCUGCUUGUCUACGAUAUCACCUCCAAGGACUCCCUGGAUGCACUCCAACACUUCAACGAACUUAUCGACAUGGAGGCAGAAACCCGCCUCGAUAACGCUGACCGCGCACGCCGCGCUGGUCUACGCUCUGGCCACGACACCCGUUCCCGCACCAUCCCUCCAGUUAAGCUUGUUGCCGGCAACAAGUGCGAUUUGCAAGAGAGCAGACAGGUUCCUGCAGCUCAAGGUCUCGAAUGGGCGCGCAAGCGCGGUUGUGGUUUCAUGGAGACGAGUGCACGGCUGGAGGUGAACAUCGAGGAGACAUUUGCGCUGGUUGUACGUCGCGUGGUCGAGGCAAGACGACAGGCCGAUGCUGGCAACAACUCAGCACGUUCAAAUGCGCGUGGUAUGACAAAGCCGUUGACGCCCCUGCCCACCGACAGCGAAAACGAGAAGCGUGCCGUAGGAGUGCGAGGGCCGACCCUCCAGGGCGACCACGUCGGUGGGAAGAAGGAUCAUGGUUUCUGGAAGAGUCUGCGGUGCUGGUAA